AUGGCUGAAAUUAAUGAAGAGGCUCAUGUGGACUUGUCUAAUUUUGGAGGCAUGAAUGAGUCUGAGGAUCUGAAUGAUAUCUCAGAUAAUUCUGAUGGAGAUGAUGUGGGAGCUGGAUCGGAGUUUUUGUCUGAGCAGGAUGCCGUUGAGUUUUACCAGCACUAUGCCCAGUUUAAAGGUUUUGGGGUUAGGAAGGAUGAUGUUCGGCGCGAUCGAAAAGGUAAUGUUGUUAGUCGCCAGCUUGUUUGUAAAAGGGAAGGUGAGAGACAUGAGAAGCAUUUGAAAAAGGUUAGUCGAGUGAAAGAGGCUAAGCCAAUUACCAGAGUAUCAUGCCAAGCUAAAUUUCGUGUACGUUUCGAGGCAAACUCCAGCAAGUGGAAGGUUGUUUACUUUGAACCUGAGCACAAUCAUGAGUUGACACUGGCUAAGCAAGUUCAUUUAAUUCCGGCAUUCAGGGGAUUGACUAAUGGUGAUAAGGCUCAAGUUGACACACUAAAGCUCUAUGGCGUGAGGAGUUGCAACAUAAUGGGUCUCAUGAUGGGACAAAAAGGAGGUCAUGAUUCAGUUGGUUUUUUGAAAAAGGACUUAUACAACCAUGUCGAUAAGAAUAAAAGGAUAAGUUUAGGUGCUGGUGAUGCUGCUGGUUCAUUAAACUAUUUUACGCGGAAAGGGGAGAAGGAUCCGAUGUUUUAUUUCAGGUUCACGAGAACAAGUAAUGAUAAUCUUGAAAAUUUGUUCUGGUGUGAUGGAACCAGUCGUCUUGACUACCAAGCUUUUGGAGAUGUAAUCGUGUUUGACAGCACUUACAAAAAGAACAAGUACAACAAGCCUGUUGUUAUAUUUUCUGGUUACAAUCAUCACAAGGAGACUACUAUUUUUGCAUGUGCAUUGGUUUCUGACGAGACUGUGGAUACUUACAAGUGGGUUUUACAAAGAUUGGAUGAAGCUAUGUUUGGGAAGCAUCCUAAAGCUAUCGUGACAGAUGGAGAUAAAGCUAUGCGUGAGGCAAUUAAGGUUGUGUUUCCAAAUUCAACCCACAGGCUUUGUGGAUGGCACAUUCAGCAAAAUACAGUUAAGAAAAUUCAUUUGCCUAAAUUCUUAGAUGACUUUGACUAUUUGAUCUUUGGUAAUUUCAGUCCUCAGCGGUUUGAAUCAAAGUGGGAGAGUAUGAUUGAAAAGUAUGAUCUUCGUGAGGACAAAUGGAUUAAACAAAUGUAUGAAAUAAAGGAGAUGUGGGCAACUGCAUUUAAGAGAGAGAGAUUUUUUGCUGGAAUUAGGACUACCUCGCUAUGCGAAGGUAUCAACUCUUUCAUUAAGAAGUAUGUGACGUGCAAAAAUAGUAUGCUGGAUUUCAUUUAUAAUUUUGAGAGAGCUGUGGAAGAGUAUAGGCACAAUGAGUUAGCCUCUGACUUUAGGUCAUGA